GCCCGGUCUAUGCGUUUCUCAACGCGGCUUCUGGUUUUGGUGUCACCACCAGCGCAUUCUCCGUCCUCACACACACACACACACACACACACACACACACACACACACGCACUCACUCACUCACCCACCCGCCCACCCACCUCACUGCCUUGGUGGAUACGAAAAAAAAAAGAACAAGAGCCAGGGUAGGGGGGGAGACUAGAAGGAAAGCCACGGCUAUCUCAGACGAACCAACAGCCGCGUCCACGGCUGCAAGCUGCAAGGGUCUGCCCCAUGAUGGAUGCCACCAUUGCUCAAACCGGCCUGGCUUCAACGCCUGGACUACCUAAACAGGCGAACAGAGGCACACUCAAUUCGCACGAGGCUAGCAAUGUGCCGCAGCAUGGGAGACACUUUGGAGGCAGAGAGACGUGGUUGUCUGCCGUGCCGUGCCCUGUUCUGUUGCCCCCAGGCAGGUGAGGGUUGGAUCUGCUUUUUCUCUCUGCCUUUGACAGAUGUCUCUCUGCGUGUGUGUUAUUUGGCGGUACACAGACACAACCGCCUCAACUCUUUUCUACCUGCUCAACAAACUUCUAUUUCUUCUUUUUGGUGUUUUUUUUCUUCUUUUUUUUCUGGCAGGAAUUGAUUGGCCUAUGGACUUGGUUAUUCUAUGGAGCGCAACAAAAAUGUAUACUAUCUAUGCUGCGCUGCUCCAAGAGAGAGCCUUUACGGGAUGGAAAUGGUUAUAUGAACAGUGAUGGAAGCGAGCAAACACAAAAUAGGGAAUGGAACUUUUCUUAAUUGGGCAUGGAUAUGGGUUUUUUCUGGCUUCUACUUUCGGCUGGCUUUUGUUUGUUUUUUUGGCGACAUUAAUGCGUUUGCUUUUUGUUUUGUUUUUGGUUAUGGCCGCUGCCUCCAUACCCGCAGUGUUUUUUCAGCACUGCUAGUUUUUUUUUUUUUUUUUGAGAGCGAGAUCUUGUCUUUCUAUUUUUGUUUCUGUUUUGGUUUUUCACAUAGAGUUUCUGUUUUCACAUCUAGCUUAAUUCCACGACAUUUUUGGUAUUUUUUUCUCUGACCGACUUUACUUUCACCGUCUAACAGCCUUUGUCGUGAUAUGCUACAACACUUGGUGGAAUACAUUAUGACCAGGUACUAUAUGCAUGUUGAGUCGAUGUGGCACACCGCCAGCUGAGCAUGUAUUCAUCCCAUCUAUUCCCCAGAGAAAAAAAAAAAACACAUAGCACAGCCCGUGUAAAUUCUCCUUUCUUUCUUUCUUUCUUCCUUUCUUGUCUUUCACAAAGAGAAAGAAAAAAAAAAAAAAAAAAAAAAAAAAACAAAGCCUCUCCCAAAGCCGGCAAGUUCCGACGAAAACUUUCCUAGCGUUGAAGCGCGAUAGCAGGGCCAACAGCCAACGGCCAAGCACAAAAAAAGGGUGUAUUAUCUCUCUCUAUCUCUCUAUCUCUUUUGGAAGAGGGGAGAAGCUGGUGGCGGGCAGCAGAGGCCAGGCGGGCAACAGUGCCUCGAUCUCUGGCGGUAUGCAAUGCUCAAACGGUGCUCUGUACGCUCCAACGCAUUAAUCUAUAUUUGGCAUUGGGCAGGACACACAGAUGGCCUCCCCCUCCACUGGCAGAUUCUGGCAGGCCAGGGCGCUAAACGGUGGUGGUGAAAUGAGGAGGAGGAAGCAGCCGCGCCACACAAACAAGCCCGGCAAGGAUCAUUGGCUGGGCGGUGAAUGACUGGAGGUCGAUGGGAAUGCGAAUGUGUGUACAGGCAAAGGUACAAGCAAAAGUACAGGUACCCCUCGGCCGGCGGUAAUGUCGUCUUCCCGCUUGUUUGAGGUACACAACGGC